AUGAGGUCGUCAGUAUCACGAUUGUUCUUGAUAAUAGCCCUGGUGUCCCAAUGGCUCGUCGCCGUCGUCGCUCAGGGGACGCCGGGCAAGUUCCCGACCCUCCCUAGCUGCGCUACUCAAUGCCUCGUGACCGCCGCCUUCAACUCGCCCUGCCAGAUCAGCAACAUCACCUGCAUGUGCACGACACCGUCGCUCCAAGCCGAGGCGGAAGAGUGCGUCCUGCGAACAUGCAGUCUGCCCGACAUCCUCCUCGCCAAGAAUGGCACGAGCACCGCCUGCGGCGCCCCCGUCCGGGACCGUGGUCCCGCCUACGACCGCAUGAACAUCACCUUUGGCGUCAUCUCGGCCGCCAUCUUCCUCGCGCGGCUCUUCUUCAAGCUCUUCCUCGCCCGCACGGGCUUCUGGGCCGACGACUGGCUCAUCGUCGUCGCCUUCUUCUCCGCCGUGCCCAGCACCGUCAUGAACUCGCGCGGCCUCGUCGCCAACGGCCUGGGCCGCGACAUCUGGACCCUCGCGCCGGACGCCAUCACCCGCUUCGCAAAGUACUUUUACGUCAUGGAGAUCAUGUACUUCACGCACCUGCCCCUGCUCAAGGCGUCGAUGCUGCUCUUCUACCUGCGCGUCUUCCCCUACGCGCAGACGCGGCGCCUGCUCUGGGCCACGCUCGCGGUCAACGGCGUGGCCGGGCUGGCCUUCCUGCUCGUCGUCGUCUUCCAGUGCGCGCCCGUCAGCCUGUCCUGGAGCAAGUUCUUCGACGCCUCGGCGGGGGGCACGUGCCUCAACCUCAACGCCGUCACCUGGUCCAACGCGGCCUUCAACAUCGCGCUCGACCUGUGGAUGCUGGCCAUCCCGCUGUCGCAGCUGCGCAAGCUGCGGCUGCACUGGCGGCGCAAGCUCGGCAUCGGCCUCAUGUUCUUCGUCGGCGGCGCGGUGACCGUCGUCAGCGCCGUGCGCCUGCGCUCCCUCGUCCACUUCGCCAACACGCCGAACCCGACCUGGGACGAGCUCGGCGUGGCCUUCUGGUCGACCGUCGAGAUCAACCUCGGCGUCGUCUGCGCCUGCAUGCCGGCCCUCCGCGGCAUCCUGACCUACUUCUUCCCGGGCCUCGUGGGCGCCUCGGCGCUGUCGAUGGACCGCCACAGCGGGGGGGCCGCCACGCCGGGGCCGGGACUCGUCGAGGUCGUCGAGGUCAAGGAGCAGGAGCGGCAGCGGGAGAGCCUACAACACACAGUCAGCGUGUGCCCUCGGCUAGAGCUCGACCUCGGCACCGGGGACCAUGCGACCAACGAGGCCGCCUCUUCCGAGACCUCGAGCACUCGCGACAGUGGCUUCAGCGACAAGAGCGUGUUCGACCCGACCAAGUGGUACGUCGUCGAGCAGCAGGACGACAACGACGAGUCGGGGCUGGUCAUCAUGCGAGAGGCCUAUCCGGCGUUCGGGCUGCAAGGGGCGGAGAACCCUGAAGGCGAUGCGGAGAAGGGAUAUGCGAGACGGGGCUAG